AUGCACAACUUCUUCCUCGCCCAACUCCUGCUGGCGAUCGUCGCCGUCUUCGCCAACGCCGCCCUCGGCCACGCCAUCAACUCCAACCCGGGCCCGGCCGCCGUGGUCGUCCGCCAGGCCGCCCCCGUCGCGGCGAACCCGCCCUCGACCGUCAUGUCGUGCGCCGACUACUCCCGCAUCGCCAACCUGUCGACGAUCGGCGCCAACAGCACCUACCGCGCCACCUUCUUCGCGGCCUCGCCCAACGGCAACCAGUUCAACGCCGAGGUCCUCGACACCGCCAUCGCCAAGCUGCCCUCCGUCAUCCGCGACCCCGCCCUCAACGAGGCCUGCGGCAACCUCACCGCCCUCGCCAUCGUCGAGGCCGAGCGCAACUUCACCCAGCGCAUCGUCGCCCAGUUCUCCAACAUCCCCGUGCCCCCGCCCCUCACCACCGGCCCCAUCAUCGGCGUCGUCUGCCUCAGCAUCGUCUUCUUCUGCGGGAGCUGGGUCGCCAUGCCGUAA